AUGAAAUUAAUGGAAACGGCUGACUUUUCAGGGCAGCUUGUUCAAAUAUCUUUGGAGUCGAUCCGGCACCUGGAAGGCGAUGAUGGCAACAUCUUCACCGAUCUAAUGAUCGGCUAUAUUCUGAAUCAGCCAUUCACUGUGUUUUCGGACACCCGCUUGACUGAGCCGAUGAUGCUGUACCGCGGUAAAAUGGUGCCUUUCAUACCAAGCGAUGUUGAACCUGAAUCUGUGCCGUCGGCCCUACAGACGACUUGCGCUACGGAGCUGAACCGGGUGAUGAGUAGCAGCGCAGAGGGUUGGAUGCGCAGCGUCGACAAAGACUCCGAAAAUCCAUAUAGGCCGUACCUCUGCGAAAACAUUUCUGACUCAUGCCUGAAGUACACUUUUGAACCUCGGAAGCUGUUCCUCGUUCAUUUGGCCAAUAGGGCGUUUCUAACAUCAUUGCUUGAACUGGUUCACUGCGAUAAAAUCCUCGAUAAGACAAAGACCUAUGCCAAGUUUUUACCUGAAUUCCAGGUCGAACUGUGCACGAAUUUACUGUCUCUUUUAGAACAGCUCGCUUCUUCAAAAUUUGAGCGCAGCAAAUUCAUGAAAGUACUCAUGAUGAAAAUACGCGUCUGUGAUCGUGACGUUACCUUCGCCGCUGCGGCAGCGUUGACUACCUACCUCAGGUUUUUAGUCAAUCCAGGGAAAAAAUCCGCUGGUUUUUGGGGAAUUUUGGCCGAUAAAGAUGAAUGCUUCUCGGUGCCGCUUGAAGGUCGCUUUUGGAAGCCGCCUUCUCCCAUUAAUUUGCCGGAUGAGGCAAUUUCAACUACUACGCUUGUUGGGAUGGACGUUCUGGUGAUGGACAUGGACCACGUGAGGUUGCACUCAGUCUCUGACGUGACUUUGUAUUGGUUUCUGACUGCACUGAUCAUUUUCAUCAUAGUGACGCUCAAGUUCAGGGUGAGACAUAACCGUUCAAAAUUGUCACCAGUAGUUGACGCGAAAAAACGAUUGGUUUAA